AUGGUUUUGGCAAGUGAACUUAAUUCUUGGAAAGUCCUUCAAAAACAUUAUGAAGAAGUGGGAAAGCACCUUAUUAUGAAAGAUCUCUUUUCACAAGACCCACACCGUUUUGAUACCUUUUCACGUCAAUUCAAAGGUGAACGUACGGAUUCUUCAAUUCUACUUGAUUAUUCAAAAAAUAUUAUUACCAAAGAUAUUUUUAAUACUUUAAUUGAACUUGCGAAAGAAACGAGAGUGGAAGAAUUUAGAGAUAAAAUGUUUAACGGUGAACAUAUUAAUUUUACCGAAGACCGCGCCGUUUUACAUAUCGCUUUGAGAAAUGUAUCAAAUAAUCCAAUUUAUGAUAAUGGUGUAAAUGUUGUACCGGAAGUGAAUAAAGUAUUGGAACAAAUGAAAAAUACAUCUGAUGCUAUUCGUAAUGGAAAAUGGACCGGGUACACUGGAAAAGCAAUUGUUGAUAUCGUUAAUAUCGGUAUCGGUGGUUCCGAUCUUGGUCCCGUUAUGGUUACCGAAGCAUUGAAACCAUAUUCUAAACCAGGAUUGAAUGUACAUUUCAUAUCAAAUAUUGAUGGCACCCAUUUGGCUGAAGUUUUGAAAAAAAUAAAUCCCGAGACUACAAUUUUUAUCAUCGCAUCUAAAACUUUCACAACACAAGAAACAAUUACCAAUGCAAAUUCCGCAAAGAAAUGGUUUCUUGAAUGUGCAAAAGAUGAAAGGCAUAUUGCAAAGCAUUUUGUUGCUCUUUCGACUAAUAUCAAAAGUGUCACUGAAUUUGGAAUUGAUCCUGCAAAUAUGUUUAAAUUUUGGGAUUGGGUCGGAGGUCGUUAUUCUUUAUGGUCUGCCAUCGGUCUCUCCAUUGCGAUUUAUAUUGGCUUUGAUAAUUUCCAUGAACUUCUUUCUGGAGCACAUGAUAUGGAUUGUCAUUUCAAAAAUACUCCAUUAGAUCAAAAUUUGCCAAUUAUAAUGGCUGUUUUAGGAGUUUGGUAUAAUGAUUUCUUUGAAUGCCAGACACAUGCAAUUUUACCAUAUGACCAAUAUCUCCAUCGUUUUCCUGCCUAUUUUCAACAGGGAGAUAUGGAAUCCAAUGGAAAAUAUGUCACCCGAUCAGGACAAAUUGUUAAUUAUCAAACUGGACCUAUAAUUUGGGGUGAACCCGGCACCAAUGGACAACAUGCAUUUUAUCAAUUAAUUCAUCAGGGUACAAAGAUUGUCCCAGCUGAUUUUUUGGCACCUAUUGAAACUCAUAAUCCAAUUUCUAAUGGUUUACAUCAUGAGAUACUUUUGUCAAAUUUUUUCGCGCAAACUGAAGCUUUGAUGAUUGGAAAAAGCAUUGAAACCGUAGAAGCGGAAUUAAGUAAUGAUCCAAAUAAGGAUUUGAUAGCACCUCAUAAAGUUUUUCAAGGGAAUCGACCAACGAAUAGUAUCAUGUUUCAAAAAUUAACGCCGGGUACUCUUGGAUCUUUAAUUGCUCUUUAUGAACAUAAAAUCUUUGUACAAGGAAUUAUUUGGGAUAUUAACUCUUUUGAUCAAUGGGGAGUUGAACUUGGAAAAGUUCUUGCUAAAAAGAUUUUACCAGAAUUACAAAAUAAAAUUGUUACCCAGAUCUCAUCUCAUGAUGCCAGUACUAAUGGACUUGUCAACUUUUAUAAGAAAAAUAGGAAAGAUUAA